AUGGCGAUGGAAGACAGACAUGUGUCGAUGCGUGUACGCAGAGUUUUAACGGACAAUGGGAUAGCGGAGGCUUUAAAUGAUUCUGAGUUUGAAUUUUCGGGAGAUGAUUCAGAUGAAGAUCCGGAGUUUGUGCCGCCAGAACUUAACCAUAGAGCCAAUAAUCAUCAAAUCAGCGAGUCAAGCAGUUCAGAUGAAGAGGAAAACACAUUGGUUCCUUCAGCUGCUUCCCCGGCGUUCUCUAGUAGUUCUGAUAUCGCAUCGACAUCAUCACGGCCUCGCUCAAGAGGACGUGGCAGAAGUGUUUCACGUAGACGUGGACGUGGCCGCGGUCGUGGACGUGAUCUCAGUUUGAGCGAGGACACUCCACGGCCGCAAUCGUCACCUUUGUCAACCCGCCAGAUUGCGAUUAGGAAUCGUCAACAUAAUGAUGGCUUUCAAGAUACCUGGACCAAGGAUACAUUAGAUUCAGAAGUUACUGAAUUGAUGCAGCCAGCAUAUAUACACAAAGAAACUAAGGAUUGGGAAUGGAAUCAAUUUUAUGAUCAAUAUAUCGACGACAAUAUUUUAACAACUAUCGUCAACUGUACGAAUAGGACGCAUAUCUUGGAGACGGGAAAAUCUAUGGAGCUUACUUUGAGGGAACUUAAAAUAUAUAUAGGAAUAACAAUGAUAAUGUCAGCACUGCAAUAUCCACAAAUUGAUAUGUACUGGUCCGAAAAGUGGAAAGUUUCCAUAAUUGCAAUAGCUAUGACAAGGAACAGAUUCUUUUUUAUUAGACGACGGCUGAAGUGUGUUUAUGAUUCUGAAGUGACAGCAGAACAGAAGAUACAAAAAAUUUGGAAAGUACAGCCGCUGUUCAAUCGAAUCUUAGAGGGGUGUCACGAACAAAACCGGCCCAAAGAAAUGAGUAUUGACGAGAUGAUUAUUCCGUUUACUGGAAAAUGUCCGAUGCGCCAAUACUGUCCUAACAAACCGAACCCUGUUGGGCUAAAGGUGUUCGUUCUUGCUACGCCGCAAGGCGUAGUUUGUGACAUGGUGAUUUAUCAGGGUGAUACAACAUUUCCCCAUCUAAUCAGCCAGGGAUUUAGUCUAGGCGAAGCUGCAGUCUUACAUUUGACUCGAACUUUGGUUCCUGGGCAUUUGUUGUUCUUUGACCGGUUUUUCACCUCAAUCAAACUGUGUGACGAACUGUUGAGGCGCGGAUUUCAUGGCACAGGUACAGUAAUUAAAAAUAUAGUUCCGAAAAAUUGCGUUUUAACAGAAGAAAAAGUUUUCCGAAAGAAAGCAAGAGGAAGUAGCGAAGUUAAAGUUAGAGAGGACGGUAAACUGGCUAUUACGAUGUGGCUAGAUAACAAACCAGUCUUGAUGAUGUCCACUUGCCAUUGUGAUCAAAGCCACGACGAAUGCGAGCGAUGGUCAAAAAAAGACAAACGGUAUGAAAGAGUCAGGAGACCUGUAGUUAUAAAGACAUACAACCAAAAUAUGGGUGGGGUCGACCUCACUGACAGAAUGCUUUCUGUUUGUCCAUCCCGUAGUCGGACCAAGAAGUGGACAAUUCGUGUUAUCUCACAUCUUUUCGACCUGGCUGUGCUGCGCCAAUAUAAGAUGGAUUUGGGCACAAAGCUUGUUUUGGAUAAUGAAGGAAGUGAUGAUGAAGGCGAAGAUGAUGCUUAUGAAGAAAUGGAGCCGAAACAUAAGAAACGCAAAAUACUUAUAAAGCCGAUACCGUCGAAAGAAUGCCGUACAAAAGCUGCUGCACAUCUACCCGAAUAUGGAACAAAACAGUCGCGCUGUAGAAGAAGUGGAUGUGCUAAAAAAACUACAGUAUUUUGCAAAAAAUGUGAUAUUUAUCUCUGCUUCACGCCAAACAGGAAUUGUUAUUCCGAUUUUCACCAAAACUUAGAG